AUGGCGGAAAAUAUCAACGCAUUCACUGACGAAAAGAUCCACACCUCCCCCAGCAACAGCGAUCCCAUUCCCAUCCCCAUCCCUCCCUUCUCACCCACCCAAAUCAUCCAACCAACCUUCAUCCGCCCCCAAGACCGCAAACUCCACGACUCAGCCGUAACAUUCGAAGAAUACCACUACUACGCGCAAAAGACCCGAGCCGAAGAAAAAGACCUCGAGUCUCCAAAAUUGCGAUGGAGGGAGAUUUUCAGCAGUCGUGUGAGACAGAAUUCUGCUCCUUCUCCCCAUCGUGAUGAUCCGAAUUUUGAUGCGGCGAAACAUCCUCCUGAGGUGAAUCUUUCGAAUCAGUGGGAUCGCAUGAGGAUUGGUGAUGAGGAGUGGGCGAAUGCGAGUCGGGCUUUGAGGACUGCGAGUUGGGGUGCGGCGUUUUAUUUGAUCACGACAGACAUCCUUGGUCCAUACGGAGUAGGUUUUGCGAUGGGGACGUUAGGAUGGGGACCUGGAAUUGCGCUGUAUACAGUGUUCGGAUUCUUCGCAGGCUACAGCGGGUACCUGGUCUGGCGAAUGUUUCUGGGUGUCGACAGCUACCAGUUUCCGUGCAAGAACUAUGGCGAUCUGGCCUUUCGGACGUGGGGCGUGACUGCACGACAUAUCACCAACACCAUCCAAGCACUGGGUCUGUUGUUGAUUUUGGGCCAAGUGACAAUCCAAUUCGGACAGAACAUUUCGCAGGUUUCCAAGUUCCGGCUUUGCUACAUCGUUUGUCCGCUUUUGUUCGUAAUCACUGGCUUCGCUCUGGGUCAAGUCCGAACGCUGCGGCAACUUGGUUUGGUCGCCAAUCUUGCGGUCUGGCUGAACUUGCUGGUCAUCUUCAUGACGAUGGGAUUCGUGAGCCAUAGUCCGCCGAAUUAUGCAGCUGCAGUGCUAGGCAGUGCCGGAUCUGCUGUCGAUCCAGCGAGCAUUACGCCGGAUGCGAACGGCGUCUAUCCUGCUAUCGUACACUAUAAUGGUCUUCCUGCUUCAAAUUUGGUUGGAUCAAUCAAUGGUCUCCUGUCUGGCGUUCUUGCAUAUGCAGGUGUUCAGCUCUUCGUCGAAUUCAUGGCCGAGAUGAAGCGACCGACCGACUUCCUUAAAGCCAUGUGGGGCGCUCAAUUCUUCAUCUACACCGUAUACAUGGUAUACGGCUGCUUCAUCUACUACUACCAGGGGCAAUACAGCUACAAUCCGAGCUACCAGGGAGUAUCGGUGUAUGGCUGGCAGACUGCUGGUAAUAUGAUCUCCCUGAUGGCCGCACUUAUCGCUGCUGCGCUUUACGGCAAUAUUGGCAUCAAGGUCCUGUACAACAACGUCCUUAUGGAUCUGUUCAAUGCGCCGCCACUCAUCACCAAGAAAGGCAAGAUGCUUUACGGAGCUAUCGUGCCUAUCUGGUGGAGCACAGCAUUCAUCAUUGCUGCGGCAAUCCCAGAUUACUUUGGCUUCGUCGCGGUCAUCUCAGCUUCGACUCUGCUGAACUUGACAUAUACGAUCCCGCCUUUCCUCUCUAUUGCAUAUGACGCGAAAAGGAACGCGAUUCGGCUCGAUGAAGGUGAAGGAUACGAUGCGACGACUGGCCAAGUUCUGAGAAACGGUCCUGCUAUGCAACGCUACAUUCGUGGCUUCUUUUCUGGAGGUCCCUGGCAAGUCGCGAUGAAUUUUUGGCAUGUGAUAUAUUUUCUUGCGAGCUUGGCGAUGUGUGGACUUGGAAUGUACGCGGCGGUUGAGGGAAUGAUUGAGGUAUUCAAGAACCCUCAGGUGACGAGCUUUUCGUGCACGUCGCCGCUGAAUCUGAAUGCUUGA